CCCCGCAGCGACGUUUCGGAGGGGGCUGGUUGGCUGACACUGCGCAUGCCCAGCAGGGAAGACUACGUCAUAGGAGCGUCGGGGAGGGGAAAGAGCUAGAAAAGAGCGGGAAAAGCCGUUGCGCUGUGAGGGAAGUGAAGCGAGGCUUUGGGCAGCGCGCAUGCGCGGCGGAGCUGUGGGGUGCGUUUCGGGCAGUUAGUCAAUUUCUGUCAGGCCAAAAGAGUUAUGAAGUUGUGUGAACAGUUUUCUGAUAUGUUCCUCCUCAACAGUGAGCCUCGAGAUCUUUUUCACUGCCCCUUAGGCGUGUGAACUCACAAAAACGGAGUGCCUCAGAGCGAGUGCAGAGUGCUUUUCCCCACACCUUUAGGAUUGAGGGGGACCCUCCCUCAGUUAGGGUGGGAGCUUGUUAGGGUCCCAGAAGUAUACCCAGACUUUCAGACACCCCCACCCCAUGGUUUCAUAAAGUGGUUUCCAGUCAGAUAUAAAUGAAUAUGUAUUAAUAAAGCAAUAUGCAGAACCGUAUGUGCUGAGAUAAAAAAAGAGAAGAAACAGCGAUAAAUGUGAAAACAAACUGCAUUCAGAAGCAACCUUUGUUUAAUGAAGAUGAUAGCCAAGACCUCUGUAGAGACCCAAACACCAAAAUUUUUGAAGAGCAGGCUCCACACAGGGUUAGCAGAGCUGGUAUUUCAUGGCACCUUCAUAAGCAUCAUCACCAUUGUUCCCGAGCUGUAUCAUGUCUUAUAUAUACAAGCAUCAGCAUUACAUAGGAAACUAAAUGAACAAGACCACAAAGAUUCGACAAGAGAAACAUGAUAAAUGGCCUUCCCUCUAUGGCUCACCUCACCGACAGCCUCCUCCAUCUCCCAGGGCAAAGAGAUCUCCCCAAGUAUAGGGAACCUACCAGACUUCCACUAUCUCUUGAAAUACCCUCGGAGGGGUAAUCGAUCCUGACGCCCCUUCUUCAAGUGUGGCUUGGAAUGGACUUCCAGCCCAGAGACCUCUAUAUACAAGGAUGAAGUAACUUCACAGUUUAAAAACAAUAAACCUAUUGAGGAAUCAGAUUCCUGAUCAUCGCAAGGUAGGAGAGAGACCCCGCGAGACCACCAAAUGGCUGAAAGAACUCUAUGCACUGACACAACCUCAGGAAACCCCAAGAUGGCUGCCAAGCGCAAAGGUGGCCUGAAGCUCAAUGCGAUCUGUGCCAAGCUCAGCCGCCAGGUAGUCGUCGACCACAAAGGACUGGAUGCCGACAAGGCUCCCCAGGGGCAGGAGGGCACUGGCGGCGGCGGCGGCGGCACCACCCCCAAGGACGCCCCCCAGCCCGGGGCCAAAGAGCUGGGCGGCGAGUUUCCUGAGGGAGUCGACCGGGUGCAGAAGAUCGAGGAGGACAAGCGGAGGGAAGUGAUUGAGAAGUGGGCCAACGGGGAAUACAGUGAAGAGUCUCUGCUGAUGCGCAUUGAGAGCAAGGAGCCGAAGGCCUGCGAGGGCACAGAGGUGCCCCCCGAAGGGGUGUACAUGGUGCAGCCCAAGGGCUGCAGCGACGAGGAGGACAACGGUGAGGAGGCCGAGCCGGCGAGGGGGUCCCAAGAUGGCCGCUUCCUGGAUGACCGGGAGUCAGAUGGGCCCUCCUCCAAGGACGGAAGCUUCCGCGGUCCCAGUGGCGAGACCGGCCCCAAGCUGAGCGGAGGAGCUACCUCAGGGGAAGCCUCAUCCCUGCGGGAUUAUGCCGCCACCACCAUGAACGAGUUCCUGGGCAUGUUUGGUUACGACGACCAGAACAUGCGGGACGAGCUGGCCCGCAAGAUUAGCUUUGAGAAGCUGAAUGCUGCUACCUCAGAGGCUGCCGCCGCCGCCGCCACCACCUCCCUCCCCGGCGAGGACGCCAUGAGCAAGAGGGCCCGCUUCUCCAAGUAUGAGGAGUACAUCCGCAAGCUGAAGGCCGGGGAGCAGGUCCCGUGGCCCCUCCACCCAAGCAAAGUUGAGGAGCUGACCAGCAAGCUCGGCAAGGAAGGCUCCUCGGUCCUGGGGCAGCCGAUUCGGCUGCCAGCCCCCGACGCCUCGCUCCUGCCCGAGACGAAAGCCACCAUUCUGCCUCUGCCCUCCCCCAGCAGCUCCCAGAUGCAAGGUCUGAUGUCCCGGGCCUCCAAGUACGACUUCUUCAUCCAGAAGCUAAAGACCGGCGAGAGUCUCCGGCCGCAGAAUGGCAACACCUACAAGAAGGCCUCCAAGUACGACCUGGAGAAUGUCAAGUACCUCCACCUCUUCAAGCCGGGGGAAGGCAGCCCGGACAUGGGCGGGGCCAUUGCCUUCAAGACGGGCAAGGUGGGGCGGCCCUCCAAGUACGAUGUCAGGAACAUCCAGAAGCUCACCCCGGUCAAGGCUCCGACACCCAGCCUGGGCCCCGCUCCCCUUGCCAGCACCCCCAGCAGCACUCCCGUGGCUGGACCCGAGCAGCAGCCCGUCUCAUUGCCCUUCAACACUCCAGAGUACCUGAAGUCAACUUUUUCCAAGACAGACUCCAUCACCACUGGAACCGUUUCCACUGUCAAGAACGGAUUAACCACUGACAAACCAGCUGUCACCGAAGAUGUAAAUAUUUACCAGAAAUAUAUUGCCAGGUUUUCAGGAAGCCAGCACUGCGGACACAUUCACUGUGCUUACCAGUACCGCGAACAUUAUCACUGCCUUGACCCGGAGUGCAACUAUCAGAGAUUCACAAGUAAGCAAGAUGUGAUCCGGCAUUACAACAUGCACAAGAAACGCGACAAUUCUCUUCAGCAUGGCUUCAUGCGUUUCAGCCCACUGGAUGACUGCAGCGUCUACUAUCACGGCUGCCACCUGAAUGGGAAAAGCACACACUAUCAUUGCAUGCAGGUGGGCUGUAACAAAGUCUAUACCAGCACCUCCGACGUGAUGACUCACGAGAACUUCCACAAAAAGAACACACAGCUCAUUAACGAUGGGUUCCAGCGGUUCCGAGCCACGGAAGAUUGUGGCACCGUGGACUGCCAGUUCUACGGGCAGAAGACCACUCACUUCCACUGCAGGCGGCCGGGUUGCACAUUCACCUUCAAGAACAAGUGCGACAUCGAGAAGCACAAGAGCUACCACAUCAAGGACGACGCCUACGCCAAGGACGGCUUCAAGAAGUUCUACAAGUACGAAGAGUGCAAGUAUGAGGGCUGCGUCUACAGCAAGGCCACCAACCACUUCCACUGCAUCCGGCCAGGCUGCGGCUUCACCUUUACCUCCACCAGCCAGAUGACCUCCCACAAACGCAAGCACGAACGCCGCCACAUCCGCAGCUCCGGGGUGCUGGGCCUGCCCGCCUCGCUCCUGGGAGUCAAGGAUAACGAGCAGGAGGAGUCGAGCAACGAUGACCUCAUUGACUUCUCUGCCAUGAGCUCUAAGAACUCCAGCCUGAGUGCCUCCCCCACUAGUCAGCAGUCUUCCGUCUCCUUGAUUGUCCCGGGCGCACCCACCUCCGCGGCGGAGCUUGCCGCCUCGCAGACUUCCGGCAAGCCCACCAAUAGCAUCCCGUCUGCUUCAAAGAUACCUGGCCUGCUCCCCCAAGCCCUCCCAAGCAAUAUCCCAUUGGCCCUGGCCCUCUCCAACACGGCGCUUCCUGGCACAGCGGGCUCGUACUUCCCCGUUCUCCCCAGCCGGGUCUCCACGCCACUGUCGGCCAGCUCCACGAGCUUGAUAGCCGCCGGUUCUUCUAGCACCAACCCAACCUCCUCUGCCAGUUCCCCUUCCCAGGCUGUCUCAGGUUCCGGUGAGGCAGCAGCCACCUCUUCGCCAAGCUCGGCGGUGACAGCAUCCAUCAUGGAGAGGAUCUCCGCCAGCAAAGGGCUGAUCUCACCAAUGAUGGCCCGGUUGGCUGCAGCAGCGCUUAAGCCCUCGGUGGCUGUGGAGGCAGGGAAUGGGCAGCCGACCACUCCUGGCCGCUUUAACCCCGCUCAGCUGAAGCAAGAGGCCACGGAGAGCCCCGGCUCUGUGUCUGCUGCGGUGGCCCACGACCGCUUGCAGGAGCACAGCCUGGACCUGAGUGUGAAGGAUCACGGUAAUGAAUCAAAUGGCCACACAGUCUCGGCAAAUUCAUCUCUUUUAUCCUCGCUUAUGAAUAAGAUGUCUCAAAGCAACCCCAACCUCGGCAGCCUUCUCAGCCUGAAGGCAGACAGUGACAGCAGCCAGCCAGGGGCCGCAGGAGAGGCAACGCAAUACCUGGGCAAGGCAGUGAAGGCCCUUGUCCAAGAGAAGCUCUCUGAGCCGUGGAAGAUGUACCUGCGCAGGUUUGGCACCAAGGACUUCUGCAAUGCCCAGUGUGACUUUCUCCAUAAAGUGCAUUUCCACUGUGUGGUCGAAGAAUGCGGAGCCCUUUUCAGCACCUUGGAUGGAGCCAUCAAGCAUGCCAAUUUCCACUUCCGAACAGAGGGCGGAGCUGUGAAAGGGAACUCGGAAUUGUCCUUUCCUGCUGCUGCCGCUGCCGAGACCAAAACGCCCUUAGCCCCCUCAUCGCCACCCGCCGCUUCAGUCACCCUGGCCAACGUCUCUGCCCUGGACGUGCCUGCCCCGAGCCCGGUGGCCGUGCCCUCGACUCCCACACUCCUUGCCUGGAAACAACUGGCUUCCUCCAUGGCUCAGCUCCCUGCAUCCGUGCCGAACCUGGCUGCGUCCCCCCUGGCAACCACUUCCCUGGAGAAUGCCAAGCCUCAGGUCAAGCCCGGGUUCCUCCAGUUCCAGGAGAAUGACCCCUGCCUGGCGACAGACUGCAAGUAUGCCAACAAGUUCCACUUCCACUGUCUCUUUGGCAACUGCAAGUACGUGUGCAAGACCUCCGGGAAAGCCGAGUCCCACUGCCUAGACCACAUCAACCCCAACAACAACCUGGUGAAUGUGCGAGACCAGUUCGCCUACUACUCCCUGCAGUGUCUCUGCCCAAACCAGCACUGUGAGUUCCGGAUGCGGGGGCACUACCACUGUCUCCGCCCUGGCUGCUUCUUUGUGACCAACAUCACCACCAAACUCCCCUGGCACGUGAAGAAGCACGAGAAGGCCGAGCGGAGAGCGGCCAACGGCUUCAAGUACUUCACCAAGCGAGAAGAGUGCGGCAGGCUGGGCUGCAAGUACAACCAAGUCAACAGCCACUUCCACUGCAUCCGCGAAGGGUGCCAGUUCUCCUUCCUCCUGAAGCACCAAAUGACGUCCCACGCCAGGAAGCACAUGAGGAGGAUGCUGGGGAAGAACUUUGACCGUGUUCCCACUCAGGUUAUUGGACACGCUCCAAGAAACGAAAGCCUUCCCCAAGUCAACAGCAUGGCACCCAGCCCAGCCUCAUCAGGGACUCCUGCUUCCUUUCAGGGACCCCAAAGCCUGAUGGACACCGAGACAGACGAGUACAUCGACUACACAGGAUGCAGUCCCGGCGGCAUCUCCUCAGAGUCCUCCAACAUGGACCGCAGCUGCUCCAGCACCCCGGUGGGCAACGAGAGCACUUCAGCAGGCUGCCUGGCUGCUCCUCCUCCUCCUCCUGCUGCUGCUGCUGGCGAUGAUGUUACCCACAAUGCACCACAGCCACCACCUCUGCCUCCAUCUUUCUCACAAGCCCUGCUCAGGUCUCCCCUUCCUUCCCUCCCGUAUCUCUUCUCUCCAUCUUGUGUCUCAUACUCUCUGCUAAGUGCCACUCUGGGAUCCAGCAGGGGCAUAGUCUUGCCCAGCGCCAGUUCAACAGGUUUCACACCCAUCAUGGCCACGCCAGCCCCCGUCAAAAGCGACGUCCCACUAGUUCAGGACGCGGCAGGGAACACCAUCACCAUGCCAACCGCCGCAGGGGCCAAGAAGCGCUUCUGGAUCAUCGAGGACAUGUCGCCCUUCGGCAAGCGGCGCAAAACCGCCUCCUCUCGCAAGAUGCUGGACGAAGGGAUGAUGCUGGAGGGCUUCCGGCGGUACGACCUCUACGAGGACUGCAAGGACGCCAGCUGCCAGUUCUCCCUCAAGGUCACCCACUACCACUGCACCCGGGAGAACUGUGGCUACAAGUUCUGCGGGCGCACCCACAUGUACAAGCACGCCCAGCACCACGACCGCGUCGACAACCUGGUGCUGGACGACUUCAAGCGCUUCAAGUCCUCCCUCAGCUGCAACUUCCCCGACUGCCAGUUCUCGGGCAACAGCACACACUUCCACUGCCUGCGCUGCGGCUUCCGCUGCACCGACAGCACCAAGGUGACCGCCCACCGCAAGCACCACGGCAAGCAGGACGUCAUCAGCGCCGCCGGCUUCUGCCAGUUCAGCUCCAGCGUGGACUGCGAGGUGCCAGACUGCAAGUACAAACUCAAGUGCUCCCACUUCCACUGCACUUACCCAGGCUGCAAGCACACGGUGGUGGGCAUGUCGCAGAUGGACUCGCACAAGCGAAAACACGAAAAGCAGGAGCGCGGAGAGCUGCCGGCCAUCUCUCCAGGCCCCGAGGGCCGCCUCCACUCGACGCUGGACUACAACACGCAGAACUCUUCCGUCAACCUGGACAGUUCUCUCAACCUCGGCACCGACGCAAGCAGCUCCCUCUUCUUCUUGCAGAACGCCACCGGGGUGGGCCUCAGCGAUUCCCUGGACCUCAGCCAGAAGCCAGGCGAGGCGGCGGUUGGCACCGCAGCCCCUGCAGGAGAGGGCGUGGCCCCUGCCGAGAGCGAGCGCGCACCCACCAGCUGUGGCAACGUGGAGGAUGAGGAUGACGACUCCUCCCACGACGAGGAAGACGAGGAGGAGGAAAUGAAUGAGGAGGACGAGGAGGAAGAUGAUGACGACGACGACGACGAUGACGACGACGAUGACGAGGAGGAGGAGGAGGAUCUGAACACAGAUUCUGAAGAGUCACUUCCUGAGGCAGAGGGCAUGCCUGCUAAAGAUGUGAGGGAACUGGGGGAGGCCAUUUCUCCUGCUGCAGACCACAGUGAUGCUUCCAGGCUGCUGGGCGAACAAGCCUCCACCCCCACCCCCGAAGCCUCCCCUUAACACACAGGCAGCAGCAGGGUUUUGAUGUGAUUUUUUAAAAAAAGAAGAAGAAGAAGACUGAAAAAAUGAGAGGACCCCAUUAUGUGAGGAGAGAACAAACGCUGGGACAGCAAGCCGCAAAACGAAACACCCCGACUCUACCCCAGAAAGCGCACAAGAUAGGGGCAGGAGGGGGGCGGGACACAAAUCCUUGGACCAUGCAAAGAGACCCUUGUGCCCGCAGGGAGGUGGCAGUGGCAGAGGGGCCCAUCUGUUGGGACGCACAUGUUUACAGGGUGGCAGGCGGUAGCGGAUAAUCUUACUCUUGUGCAGAUGGGUUGGGCCACGGAGAAGCAGCCCUUCUCCUGGACGAAUGUGCUAACCAUAAGGGCAACAGUACCCUCCCUCACCCACCCACCCACCCUGGUUCCCCCCCCCAAAUCGCUUCUUGCGGGGUGGGGAGUGGUAUUGUUUCUUUCCCUCCAACUUCUAUCUUAUUUUCCUGCUUUUAUUUGUCCUUUAACACUCCUCCCGUUCUCAGGGAGAGGGGGCAGCUAGCAUCCGAUGGGGAAGUCUAGGGAUGAUGAUAAUAAUAAUAAUGAUGAUAAUAAUAAUAAUAUAUAUUUGCAGAUAAGGAUUUGGUUCCUUUAAGCCACAAGCUAUGUUCUUUGCCAUUGGGGGAACUGGGGUGGGGGAGGGUUUCAGUAUCACACAUAAUAUAUAUAUAUAUUCCCCCCCCCCUCUUUCUCCAGCAUCAAAUGAAAAGGAGAAACACGGGUCUCAGGCAGCCUGGGUUGGUUGGGAAUGGGGUAUUUAUUAUCAAUUUUAAAAGAAAAUGAGAGCGAGAAAAGCAUUAAUUAAUGGAACAGGGCUGGGAAUGGGGACACUUCUCUGAUCUUCCAGAUCUGCUUUGUUAUUAAAGAAUAAUAAUUAUUAUUAAUAAUACUCUUUUUUUUUAAGAAAGAAAGAAAAACUUAUUUAUAUUGCAGUGCUCCCACCUGCACGGAGCAUUCCCUUUCUGGUGGGGGCUCUGUCCAGUAGCAGUGGCAGUAAAGGACAUGGUCUGGCCAUGGAAAGGUUCUUCCGUUGCUAGAGAAGAGCUUGGAUUUACCCAACUCCAGCCCAGACACCCGUUGUGCUGAGGAAGUCCAUAGUUUUCUUUCCAUGCUGCCAACCCAUGUCUGAGUUGGGGGCUUGACACAGACCUUGGCACUCAGGACGCCCCCUGCCUCACUGCUAAUGAAAGGGAGGGGGUAGGCAGUACCUCAUAGCAGGUCUGACCAGCACUUGGUCCUCAAGUUGGUUUAUUUAAGCAGUUUCCUUUUGUCCCAUUCUCCUCCCUUGUUUGCAGUCUUGCUCUUUGUACGCUGCUUAAGUGCGUUUUAUGAAGGUUAAAGGGGGAGGUGGGGGGGGGAGCAGAAAACCACAGACUCUCUUAGAAAGACUGUGUUUAGGGUGGAGAGAACUGAAGCUACCACGGCCCCUUCAUUUGGACUUGCUUAGGUUUAACGGACUGGGACAAGAAGGAUCUUGGCUCCCUCUGAAUCCUAGAGUGGGAAAUACCCCUUGUGGCUAGCUUGCCCUUGUGGGGCUGCAGUUAUCCCAGCUUACAGUUCACAGAAAGAGAGAGGCUGAUCCAUUCGGCCAACCUCAGCGGAGGCAGCGGUGCAAGAAACCCUUUUGGAAUACAAAUUAUCCUGGUAGCACCAUUCCCACUGGCACCAGGGACACAGGACGAGUUCAGGCAACCCCUCAACAGCGAACAUGUUACAGACCCAAAGGAGGAGAACGAGGCCCAUUUUGGCUCUGUGGAUCCCCAGGGGCCCUUGGCUUCCAAGGAGUUGUGGUUUUAGUUUUGGGUUGCUGAAACUUAAUGAGAGCAGGCCACAGGGCAACAACCUUCCCCUGUGUCCAAAGGACAUGCCAGUUUAGUACAAAAAAGGCUGUGAGCUUUAUACGUCUUAUAUUUAAAUUCUCCGUCAAACAAAUACACACAAGCAACCUGACAGCUCAAAUUUGGUCUGAAAAGACUUUGGGGUUUUUUGGGUGGUUGUUUUUUUUUAAGGCUGGGGAAGUGGGGGGAGAUGGUAAAGAUUAGCAAAAGCCCAGGCAAAAAAUGGCGAUAUAAUAUUAUGAUAUUUCCCCCUGUAAGGAGUCGUACCAUACCAUACAAUUCAGUUACUCAUGUACAAUUAUCUCAAGUGUAACUAUUUGUUUAUUUUCCAGUACAGAGACAAAGAAUGGGGUGUUUGCAACCAUAGUUUAACAACUCCCAGUCUUGAACCCACCAAGUAAUUCUGAAUUUUAUUUCCAAUUGGACAGAUAUUUAAGAAACCAAAAAAGGUUUAAGACUUGUCAUUUGAUCAUACAAUCUUCUUCUCCCUCGCCUCACCAAUUUUAAAUUGGUUUAUUAUUGUGUGGCUUCUAAUCAUAUCGAUAGGUUGUUGUUUCUGUUAAUUAAUUGGGGGGACGGGACUUUUUCUGGCAUCAUUCAGCCUCUUAUGGCUCUCACCAACACCACUUAAGAAAACAAAAGGUUUCAUGACUCUUUGUAUGACAUCAUAGCCUUGGAGAAGUGGGAUCUGAAAGUUUUAGAUAAAUAGUAAAGAAAUCUCACCAAGCAUUUGCUUUUCCCUGUAGUUUUUGGCACGGUGAAGGGGCCUUCUGAGUAUUCUGGCACCUGGCUCCGUAGUGCUUGUGACUCUCUCACUACACAGCCUGACCUCCCUUUUCAAAAGUUUGGCUGCAGGAUCGUGUGUCUUGUGUUGGUGUGCUUGGAAGCCCGCUGCACUCUGCCAAAAAAAGAGGAGGGGAAGAAGCAGUAUAAUCAGCAACUUUACAACCUCAAUAAUGCCUGAAAAGACAAUUAGUAAUGACUUUUAUUUCCCCCUCUCCACUCCCUUGCUGGUGUGGUGGCACCGGGAGAGAAGUUCGACAGACGUUUGGGAAGAAUGGCCGAGGCCAUUCCUCUCCCCACUUCUUGCUGCUUAGCUUUCACCCCAGCAGGUGCUACAGGAAACUUUUCAGGACUCGCUGUGUGGUCCUGCUGCUUCGGAGAAACCAUGGUGCUUUGGGAGGGCAGAGGCCAUGGUUAAGCCCCACGUGCCGGGAGGUUGCUAGGUGCUUCGGGGUCCUUCUCACACACGCCAAUUUGAGUAGCAUCUUCAUUUCUCACGUGUGCCUCCGUCUUUAAGGGACUUCAGAAACCACCGGCAGAUGUAAGGCAGCAGGUGACCUACCCAUCCCAGGGUGUCACAUCCACAGACCUUGGCCAUGGGGACCUUUUCUUUCCACCCCAGUCUUGGCCAGUGUCCACUGAGGGAGGGUGCAAGCAGACAGGCACUUGCAGAAGCAGGGCAGCUGAAGUUACCCCCCCCCCUCCCCGUGCAAGCACACGCCACUUCUCAGCCGUUGUCCGUUAUGCCGCACUUUACGCCAUUCAUUAGCCACUUCCCUCAUCACCUCACCCCUGCAUCCAACCCAAAGUCUGGCAAGUCGGUAGCGUGUCAUUCCCGCUAGCUGCCAUUUCUCCACCAGAAUACUCCUCAGAACAAUGCCACUUUAUGACGGAGCAUUGUGAAGAGUGGCAUCUGCUCUCAGAAGCAGAACGCUUGCCACAAAACAAGCGGCGGUGAAAGGCAAAGAGCUAGCAGAAAGGGAGGCCAGUUUGGUCCCCCCCCUUUCCCCUCCCCAACAAAGUUAGACCACAGUUUUGCUUAGAGAACUUUCAGCCCAGCCCUGGAAAAAGAGUUUUUAUUAGAAUAUAUCAAUGUUGUUGAUAUAUUACUGCUGGACACUCUUUCUAAGGAGGAAGCACUUAACAUACACAGGGUUAGACACAUACGUUUAAAUGCGGACUUAAAAGUUCAGAGCACGCUUAAGUGCGUUGAUGGGCCUAAGUGUGGAUUUCAUAGAGCAGAGAAGUUGCCCGUUAAAUAAAGCAAGGCGAUCGCGCAUGAACUUUCUCAAGCAAUGUGCCACACAGUUCAUUCCAUCCUCUCUGAGACUAUUCACCUUAUCUGUAAAGGAGAGCAGCUUGGAGGAGUUGGCCCUAAGGAGCUGGAGGGGCAGCAAAGUUUGCUCCUCUUUCUCCCGCCCAGCCCAAGAGCUGUGCUGCCUGCAGGCUGACCAUCCGCCAGGUAGAGCUGCACAAUUAGGACAAACUGCUACUGGUGUGCAGCAUUACUUAAAACAAUAGGGCCAAUAAAUGUAUCCCCGGAAGCUGGCAUUUGGGAAUGUCCUGCUGCUCGUGGCAGCUGCUCAUGGCCCAGGGCUGGGCCCCUGCGCAGUAUUCGAAGGAAAUACCAUAGCUGGGAUUCUGGUAGUCGUUCCAAAUGGGAGCAAGAGCAAGAUGGAGGGAUGGCGCUAAGCUCCGGGUAGCCAUUUAGAGCAGGGAACAGUUGCAACAUCGGGCAACAGUGUGGUCAUCUAUUCAAAACUGCUGAAAUUGAAUCUGACAAAUGCAGCACUGCGAGGGGCCUGGGAGAGGGAAAGAGGGAAGAAGCACCUCUCAAAAAUGGAAGCAAGCCACCAAAAUUGUAGGGAGACCCAUGGACACCCCAAGCAGAAUCUAAUCAUAGGGUGGGGGAGGAAUCUAAAGUAACGAGAUGUUGAGGGGGUUUGGGGUGUGUGUCUAACAACCCUAGAUUUUAAAAGGGGGACACACACACAUACACAUACACACACAAAUGGAGAGACAACUUAUGAGGGAGAAUUCUAGCCUUUUAUAAAAUCCAUAUUGCACACUAGGACUAUAAGCCAUUGCUAGCUCAUUUUGAAUUCUAAACGUGUACUUUUUUGUUGUUCUUUUAAAACUUUUCUUUCUUUCUUUCUGUGUGGGGGUGGGUGGGGAGGGAGAAAAGGAAGUGAUGCUUGAACUACCAAUGCUCUUUUUAAAUGUUUUAUAAAUAUGUAUGUGUAUAUAUAUAUAUAAAUAUAAAAAAAUAUGUAUGCACAUAUAUAUAUGUGUGUGUAUAUAUCUAUAUGUAUAUACCUAUAUAUAUAGAUAUAUAGCUAUAUAUAGGUUUUGAGACAAAAAAAAUAAUGCAGAAAGUGAAAAAAAAAUCCUAAAACAGGAUGGUGUGCUCUGAUUUUACUUGAAUUUGGUCUCCUCAGCACCUAUGUUAUUAAGAACUGAAUAUUUUUCCACUUGAAUUUAGUGCUAUUAGAAAUUUAAUAUAUGUGUUUUAUUUAUUUGAUUUUUUUUUUUGCAUGACUGAUGCAAGGUUUGACAUUUUCACUCAAUAAAAACUGGAAAAAAACAAACAAACAAAAAGCCAACCAA